UCCCUUUAAAAAUCACUUCUUUUAAGCUCAAGUUCACUUUAUAACAAACUCCAUUAAUGGCUGCUUUUAUCCCAUUCAAGCUAUCACUUCUUUUGAGUCUGCUCUCAAACAUUGGUUUCUUGCCGGAAACCAGCAAGAACGAUGUUGGGAUAUUUCCACCUACAUGUAAUCGGAUUGAAUGCCCAAGUUUCGAUUUGAUUGAAGUCGGCAAUGGCUAUGAGAUUCGUAGAUACAAUUCCACCAUCUGGGUGACUACUUCACCUAUUCAGGAUAUUUCUCUUGUUGAGGCCACCCGGACUGGUUUUCUUCAGCUAUUUGACUACAUUCAAGGGAAGAACAAAUACAAGCAACAAAUAGAGAUGACAGCUCCAGUCAUCACUGAAGUUUUACCAAGCGAUGGACCCUUCUGCGAGUCAUCAUUUAGGAUUAGCUUUUACCUUCCAAAGGUGAACCAGGCAAAUCCGCCACCAGCUGAAGGCCUCCAUAUCCAAAAAUGGAAAUCAACAUAUUUAGCAGUAAGGCAAUUCAGUGGAUUUGUCACAGACUAUAACGUCGGAGUGGAAGCUGCUGCUUUGGAAGCCAGUCUUGCGGACACUGUUUGGUCUCCUGCAAUCAAGAAGUCUCAGAAAGAUGAAACCACUUCGGUUUAUCUGGUUGCUCAGUAUAACUCUCCAUUUGAAUUUAGUGGUAGGGUUAAUGAGAUUUGGAUGUUGGCUGAUUUGGAAGAUGAGUUAUUGCCAGUUUAAGGUGAAAUAACUCAGCUAGCUUCCUUGAACUACAAGUUACAGUGUACUGAAAAUUACAAUGUAUGUUUUGGAUCUCUGAACUUUGUCUAAGAUGAGAAAAUGAGGGCGAAGAAUUCCAUACCAAACAUGUACCAUGGAAAAAAUAAAUGGUUUUGGAUUUAAAUCUCGUA